AUGAACUCACUCAAUCUUGAUCCAAGCGUGCUGCCUAACGCCAAGAUGACUCCUUCCGUGCACCGUGACUGCCCUGCCAUCGCACCGAUACUGCACCUGUAUGCGGGCUGGGGAACGAUGGCUAAACCCUCGAACCCUGACCUGAGCAGAGAUGGGAGAGUGCAGUGCCACUGGUGCUACAGAGCCGCAGCAGCUGUGUUGAGGCGGCCUCUCCAAGCCUUGAUCGACUCUCUGAUUACCAACUGCCGGAGUGCCGAAAAGAAUGAAGAUCUCGAGGCGGAAAGUCUCAGAGCGGCUUCGUGUCUCCACCGCGCGCAUGCAGUAGUGUUGUACGAGAAUAGACAGGCCAAACGGCAGUAUGGCCUCAACACGCACUCACCCGCUGUCAUCGCAUCGAAGCGGGGAUCUCUGAACCGCACCACACUAAGCACUUCUCGCCGCCCCGUCCCUUGUCAACUGUUGCUUCGCCUCAAGGCUCAUGCCCUGCCCUGCCCUGCUGCUCAUCCAACAACUAGGCUGGCUCCGUUUCAACCGGUGCCAUGGUUGAAAACGCCAGUCUCGUGGCAGCUAGUAGGUUGGGUUGGUUCGGCUGGGCGCCAUCUGGCAUCUACGGACUACUGCAAGCGAGCCGUGCGGCGUGAAGUCGUUGGUCAUGAGCGCACGUCAAAUGUCCGCCAUAUCGCGCUAGAUGGCAUCCGAGAUAAUGAAUGCACUUGCCGCUUGACUGCUGCACGAGCAGCAAGCAAGCCUCGAGCCAUCGCACUCGGGCUCGCUGGAGCAGGCCUUGCCUUUUCUCGUGACAUCGCUCGCGGCUCAUCAUCAUGCAUCCUAUCCCGCAAUCUCUCCCUGAUUAUUGGCGCAACUUCCGCCAUCCCGGUUCUGACAUGUGCAUGGGAGGAGGCCGGCCAUGAAAACUCUUCCUGGCCCAAGCAUGUGUUCCCAAGAUCGGCUCGCCGAAUUUACUGUACCAUUUAUGACAUGUCGAUGAGCGAGCCCUUAACAGUGGUCGCUGAUGUCGCCUCCAUGAACACGUGUCCACCUCGAGAGCGUGUCCCCGUAAUUCUCCCAGAACACUGUACCAUACACGGCAAGACCUCGUUGCUGGGACUUCGGGACUCACAGAGCGUCGGCGCCCUCGGCCAAACAUCAGCAAUAAUGAGCAUGGAGACCGCUGAAUCGAACAAGAUUCGAUCCGCUCAAGGCACUCGUCCGCGGUGCGUCAGGCCCAAUCACAAAGUCUUUCUGCAACCGUACUGUACUGUCGGGUCACUCGCAGCGCCUGCGAACCAAUCUACCCGCACAGCACAGCUCCACCGAGAUGUUGGCAUUAUCGGUACAUUGACAAACCCUCGUCUAUCAAAGCAGAUUUCUCAAUUUUCUCAUCAUCAGCUGGCCACACAGUGUUACCUUGGCGCCAGGGCCUUGGAUAAAUGUGACUUCCCGGAGAUCAACAGACUUUGGCAGGAAGUGACUCAAAAAACGUGGCCAUCUCCGACCACCCACCUAGUGGGCUACACACCCCGGACACACCUCCCGUAUCGGACACUGCUCAGAAAUUCGGAUUCAGAAUCCUGCUGGGUACCUGGCCCUUGCCUGUGCUGUAUCGCCGCAGGAAGGAUUCAGAUCAGAUGCAUCAGAGAUUGCGUUGCAUUUGAUCCGGCGAUCUGCUGCGCCGCUGAGCACAAGUACAAGGUACCUUCACCGCUACCCGACGACAAGUCCCAUUUGUGCAAGUAG